CAAACUCCCAAGCUAAACAAGGCAUUCUUACAUAUUUAACAUUCAAAUGCAGAAGCCAAGCUAAGCCAUGGAAGAUUGUAAUCAGGAAAAGCUACACUUCCUGAUCCACACAAAAGCUACAGGUUCCUUAAACAGGAGGCAGAUUGCUAGCAUUUGGGGCUGAAAGCUGGAGGUUAUUUUGGAAUGUGAAAGCUACUUGCUGCUUGGAUCCAUGACAACCAUGUAGACACUCUUCACUUUAACAAUCUACACCAGCAUGGACCAAGACAUUUAAAACAAAUCAUUCAAGCAGUCGAUGGAGUACAAUUGGAAAGAUUAAGAAAAAUCCAGAUGGGGUGCAGGUGCUGCAAAAUGAUACAAAGCUACAUCUUUGAUCCAGAAGAAGUACAAUCAUCUGGAUGCAUUCAUGAAGUAAACAGCUAUAAACACAAUGAACAAGGCAGCAAUAAAUCCAAAUUCAAAGAGAACAGUGAAAAUGAAGAACCCAAAAAUGAACUGCAGAAGGAUGAGGUAAACAAAACAGAAAAUAAAAAUCCAGUCAGCAGUAUAACAGAAACUCUCUGGAAUCACAGAGGCAAUGAUUCUCAAGAGGAUGGCCUUGUGAAGUGUGCUGCAAAGCUUGAUGUUGCAGUCAACGGCGGCAACUCCUGUGCUCAGCACUCCAUACCCAACCCCAACACAAGCCCAGUGAAAGAAACCAGUGAAAAGGGAACCUCCAGCCAGUCAGAGGCUUCUCCAGCCAGCAACAGAGACUUUUACACCAAAUCAAACAGGUCUGGACAAGAGCUUGACCUAGAGACAGGCAGUCAGAGUAAGGCAGCCAGCAAUGUGCCUCACAGUAUUCCAGACUCCCAGUCUGCAGGAGACAGCAUCUUUCUCAAAGGAAACUCAAUACUGGAAAGAGAAAACAAUACCAUAAGACUGCCAGAUAUUGAUUACCCCCAAAAUGGCAAUCAAACUGGGAACUAUGUUGAAAAGGACAGCUUUUCAGUCAACUGCACACAUUCAGACCAAAACACUGGUGCUUCAGCAAUACAGGACCAGGACCUUCGUGUAAUCCCACCUUGGCCUGUGAAAGAGAGCAGUACUGAACCUUUUAAAACUGACUCUGCAACUCUGAGUGAGAGCCUUACUGCUGGUAUCACUGCAGUGGCUGUCACACAGGCAUCCACACACACCAACCAUAAAGAUGUCAAUGGAGGAAUUGAGGAGGAAGAUGCAGAAGUUGCAGCAGCUCUGGCUGCACUGGAGGCUGCAACAGCAGGAGAAGACGUGGAAGAUGAUGACGAGUACUAGAUGGUUUCUUUCUAAUACACCAGGAAAGAUCCAGAUGUUAUUUCUGGAUCAAUAUGAACAGAUAUACAGCACACAUGGAGAGCUGUUAUGAGCAGCAUAUAUAGAAGGAGUUGGGACUAAACCUUGGUCCCUUCACCUGUUUUAUACAGCCUUUUAAUUUCUACUGCCUGAGGUACAGAAGACCUCCAUUGAUUAAUGGUAAUACUCUUCUCUGGGCCCAAACAAAGGAGGGCAAAGUAUAAUUUCCUCCACACAGAAUAUUCAGUUGUACACCCACCUCACCUGCACUCGUGCAAGUGUUUCCUUUUUAUCUCAUGAGGGUCUGUGCACACUGCAUGUUCCAGGUUCACAAAACUCCCAUUAUUUAAAAUAAGACUAUUGAAGCCAUGGAGUUAGAAACCACAUAUUUUCAUCAUUAGCAGAAAAAAACUACAUAAAUGAGCCAAAGUUCUGUGAUCUACUGAAACAUGAAAUAGGGAAGGCAGCUUGGACUGAACUUUACUGUGGCUAUGGUUCCAUUAUGGAUUAAGCCUAAAUCUGUGCACGUGCACCUGGCAUUGGAAUGAUAACAUCAUUUUUCCCCACACACCUCUCCCUUGACUGUGUUUGAUACCCCAAGUGUUGCUGCUUCAGUUCCUUAAAACAGCAGAAGUCCAGUCAAAUCCAAGAGAGUGAAUAACUUUCUGUCAGUUUAAUGUGCAAAAGCAGCUAAUGUAAGAACUGCACACACACUCUGUCAGAGAGGCCAGAGAGAUCAAGACUCAUUCCCUACCAGUUUGGAUAUAUUAAAACUGUUGUAAAACAACAGCCUGAAAAGUCUGAACUCAACUAAAUUUUACAGGUGCAUGUCACCUGUCUUAACAAUACAGCUUGCAAACAGAUUGUGUCUCAAACAUCUCCAGCAAGAUGUGUUUUGUUUAUAUUAAAACAGCAAGAGCCAAUGUGGACUCCUCAGCUCCUACAGCUCUGCUGUAGUGCCUAAAUUUAUACCAGGAAAGGGACCAAGCUUCCAAACUGGAUUAAGCAUAAAAUCUAAAAAUAGUUCCAUUCUUGGAGGGCUGCAUUUCUAAUGGGAGAAAAAAAAGGAGGUAGAGACUAAUUUGGUGCUGCCAAUUCAGGAAAAGUAUGGUUGAAAUAGAAAGUGCUUAACAUUUUAUACUGAAAUUUUGUGGUUUCCAAGUUUUUGUUAUAAACUCCUAAUAAAUUUUUUACCAUAUGAAAAAUAAUCGGGUAGCUUUUUUACUUUAUGCAUUUUCUGAAUAUAAAAGUUACAUUUAAGACAUUCAAUAAGAUAUAGCCCUCAUUAGAUACAUGAAAAACACCAACAAUGUAUUUGCCUACAGUAUAUGCUGAUUUUGAUUUCUCAAAACAUUAAUGGUACUCCUAGGAGCAAUUAAAACAACCUAAAGUCUCAGCUUCUAGAGAACUAUAUCCAGC